UCCGCUUCCUCCGCCACUUCCGCUUCCGGCAGAGGCGGCGGCAAUGUCGGCCUUGGCGCUCAACCCCAACAACCCUGUGGUCUUCUUCGAUGUCACCAUCGGUGGGCAGGAGGUUGGGCGCAUGAAGAUCGAGCUGUUCGCUGACGUUGUACCCAAAACAGCAGAGAAUUUCAGGCAGUUCUGUACGGGGGAGUUCAGGAAAGAUGGUGUCCCUAUAGGUUAUAAGGGAAGCACGUUCCACAGGGUAAUAAAGGAUUUCAUGAUCCAAGGAGGUGACUUUGUAAACGGAGACGGCACUGGAGUGGCCAGUAUCUACAGGGGUCCUUUUGCAGAUGAAAACUUCAAGCUGAAACACUCAGCUCCUGGGCUGCUCUCUAUGGCGAACAGUGGGCCCAGUACCAACGGCUGUCAGUUCUUCAUUACGUGCUCCAAAUGUGACUGGUUGGAUGGAAAACACGUUGUGUUUGGUAAAAUCGUCGAUGGGCUGUUGGUCAUGAGAAAAAUUGAAAAUGUGCCCACGGGUCCAAAUAACAAACCCAAGCUGCCAGUUGUGAUCUCUCAGUGUGGGGAAAUGUAAAGUGAUGAAACAGAAAUGUGAUUUCAGCAGGCAGGCACUGACAAAAGAAAAUCCCCACAAUUUUUGACCUUCCAUUAAAUGAUUUCCUAAGACAUCUGGAAUUGCCCACGGAGACUCGUCCCCGCUUCUGUAAUAAAGUCCUUCAGAUCUGCAGCACUUCAGACUCUUGGGAGCUCCUCCUGUUUGAUGAAGUGACAACAGGGGAUGUGAUCGCUCUUUCAUUUCCCUGGUGCUUCUGGUGGCAUUUAUAGGUUUUUGAAGGUGGGGACAACCCUGUUAACGGGUUUCUGGCAGGUGGGCAGAGCCCUGCUGAUGGGUCACGUCCCCUUUAGGGUUGUCCUCGCCCCAGACCCGUUGAUAUUUCUGUUUGGAGUGGGUGGUCUCUGGCCAACAUCCAACUGGAGACUGGAAGGGUUUCAUUUCUAGGUGUGAGGCUGGUGCCACCCUCUUUGUUUCCCAGCUGAGGUCUUGGGAACGGCCUUUCCCAUCCGCCUGGGGACAAUGACUGUGUUUGUCUGGCCCCACUUCAGACUAAAUCCGUUACUUAGUGAGAUGCUUUAACCUCAGCCAGGAGAAAUGGGCACUGUUGGGUUUAAGUUCAGGGGCAGAUGCUGAGCAGGAGACCCCCAUGGGGCUCCCAUGUUCCUUGGCUCAGGCUGGACGUGAGGUGGUGUGUGCAGCCCGAACUGCUGCAGCAGCACCCGGAGUCCCUGCAGGGUCCUGCUGGUGUGGGACAGGCUGGGAAUGGCACCCGGUGUCCCUGCAGGGUCCUGCUGGUGCAGGACGGGCUGGGAAUGGCACCCAGUGUCCCUGCAGGGUCCUGCUGGUGUGGGACAGGCUGGGAAUGGCACCCGGUGUCCCUGCAGGGUCCUGCUGGUGUGGGACAGGCUGGGAAUGGCACCCGGUGUCCCUGCAGGGUCCUGCUGGUGUGGGACAGGCUGGGAAUGGCACCCGGUGUCCCUGCAGGGUCCUGCUGGUGCAGGACAGGCUGGGAAUGGCUCUUCGGCCUCGCCGACC